AUGUGUAUGCAGGAAGUAGAAAAGCUUGUUCAGCCAACUUUUAGAACAAAGACAAAUUCUAAAGGAGAAACUCCAAAAAUGGUGUUCACUGACGAACACAAGGAACUGGUCAAAGAAGGAGAGAAAUGGAUGAAAGAAACUGCAAAUUCGUGCAUAUUUGUUGCAGCCCUAACAGCAACGGUAGGAUUUGCAGCAGCCAUCACUGUGCCAGGUGGAAACAAUCAAGACAGUGGUUUUCCACUAUUCUCCAACGAAAGGGUCUUCACAGUUUUUGCUGUUUCGGUUGCAUUCUGUCUGUUCUCUUCUGUUGCCUCUGUGCUAAUGUUUUUGUCUAUCCUCACCUCGAGAUAUGCAGAAGAGGAUUUUCUUAGACGACUUCCAAAGAGAUUAAUUCUAGGCCUUAGUACGCUAUUCGUUUCAAUGACAUCUCUGAUGAUAGCGUUUGGUGCUACGACUUACCUCGUUUUUGGUCAGAAAAAGAGAUGGAUAAUCUAUCCAGUCUACACAGGAGCCUAUAUUACAGCAGUCCUCUUUAUGGACUUGCAAUUUGGUCUCUUGUGGGAGAUGUUUAUGUCCACAUAUGGUCCAAGCAUUUUUCGUAAGCAGAGCUCGCGUGUACUUUACUAG